CUUUCUAUUCCUUUCUCUCUCUUGCUUAGUCUUCGAGUUCUGCGGAGCUUGUUGGUUUCUCUCACCUUUCACCUUUACGGCCUCUGAUCCAAACAAAAAUCUCAACUUUCUUCAGCAAUUCAGCUCUACGAUUUCUGGGCAGUGCCUUUGUGAUAUGGAGCAACGUUCUCAUGUUCCAAAGUUUGGAAAUUGGGAGAGUGGAGAGAAUGUUCCUUAUACAGCUUAUUUUGACAAAGCCCGGAAAGGUCGACCUGGUUCAAAGAUGAUUAAUCCAAAUGAUCCUGAGGAAAAUUCAGAUCUAGUUUCUUCUGCUGACAUACCCCUUUCAAAACCCGGAGUUGAUUCAGAGGAUCCAUCUGCAAAGGGAUCAGGGAGAUCAACACAUGAGUUACAAAAGAGUAGGGAGGAUAGUGAUCCCAAACAGUUUAUUGACUCUCCGGCUCGUCAUGACAAUGCAAGCAACAGGAGUGGGAGUGAUUAUGCCCAUCGGCAUGGAGUAGCUUCUGCUGACAACCGUAGAAGACCUUCAAGACAAAGUACUGGGUCUGAAUACAGCAUUGACCGCUCACCCCUUCAUCGCCAGGCAAAAGCCCCUGGCAGAGAUAGUCCUUCUUGGGAAGGAAAGAAUUCAUAUGACAGCAGCCAUGGAACACCAGGAAGGUCCCGAUUAAGACCACUUAACCGAGGGGAUGAAACUCCUGAUAAAGGUGCUGCUGUUCCGAAAUUUGGUGAGUGGGAUGAGAGUAACCCUGCAUCAGCUGAUGGCUAUACUCACAUUUUCAACAAAGUGCGUGAGGAGAAACAGGUUGGGACCGGACAUGUGCCAGGCACACCAAAUGGGAGACAAUAUGUUGUUGGGAACCAACCUGCCAAUGACAAAGCUCAGAGUUGCUGUUUCUGCUGGGGGAAAAAAUGAUUUAUUUGCAGUGUGAAUUAUAUUCUGAAUAGAAAAGAAGACAAGAAUAGUGUUGUGAAUGGUCAUGACCUUUGUGUAGCAGAUGUAAAUAUUCAAGGCUCUCUCUUCCCAGAAACAUCGUUGACACACGUUUGUCUUAAAUUUGUACCUUUUUUUUUUUAUCCCUUUUCGUAUCUUUAUUUUGGUCAAGGGAGAUGCUUUGCAUGCAGGAUUGUGAUUUGUCCUUUCUAUCAUCUUUUUAAUCAUUUGUUAUGUAACUGCCACGCUUUAUUAUUCGAUUUAUCUGUAUUUAGCUGGGAUAUGCAAGAUUUGUUAUAUAAUUCUUUUAUAAUGAAUUAAUGGGUUGUGAUUGGGUC